AUGCUGCGCCAGCCGCUAACUAGGGCGCUCAAGCUGAGUUCGCCGGCGCGAGCAGCGCCGCUGGCGGCUCGCACCUUCUCUGCACAGCCCCCAGCACCAGAAAAAUUCGAAGUCUUCAUUGAUGACAAACCUGUCCAAGUAGAGCCUGGCACCACUAUCUUACAAGCAGCAGCCCUAGUAGGAGUAGAGAUCCCCCGUUUCUGCUACCAUGAGCGUCUUGCCGUCGCUGGUAACUGCCGCAUGUGUCUUGUGGAGAUCGAGAAGUCUCCCAAACCUGCAGCAGCAUGUGCUAUGCCUGUGAUGAAGGGAAUGAGGGUCAAGACCAACUCAGAUUUGACAAAGAAAGCCCGUGAGGGUGUGAUGGAGUUCCUCCUUGUAAACCACCCUCUGGACUGCCCUAUCUGUGACCAGGGUGGUGAAUGUGACUUACAAGAUCAGUCCAUGGCCUUUGGUUCAGACAGGAGUCGCUUCACUGAUAUUCAUUUCUCUGGCAAGCGUGCUGUUGAAGACAAGGAUGUGGGUCCUUUGAUCAAAACUAUUAUGACUCGGUGCAUUCACUGCACAAGGUGCAUCCGGUUUGCAUCAGAGGUGGCUGGUGUUGAUGACUUCGGUACUACCGGCCGAGGUUCUGACAUGCAGGUUGGCACCUAUGUAGAGAAGAUGUUCCUAUCGGAGCUGUCUGGCAACAUCAUUGAUCUGUGCCCUGUCGGCGCGCUCACCUCCAAACCCUACAGCUUUGCUGCACGACCCUGGGAGACCAGGAGGAUCGACUCUGUAGAUGUUUUAGACCCUCUGGGUAGCAACAUCGUAGUUGCGACGCGUACCAAUGAAGUACUCCGUAUUCUCCCGAGGACCAAUGAGGAGAUCAACGAGGAAUGGUUGUCGGACAAGUCUCGGUUUGCCUGUGACGGUCUGAAGAGACAGCGACUGGUGACUCCGAUGAUGAAGGACAGUCGCGGAAACCUCACACCUGUAGAGUGGGAGGAUGCUAUGGUCGCCGCUGCUAGGGCUCUGCAGAACUGCCCCCCUAACAAGCUUCUGGCUGUAGCUGGUGACCUGGCUGACGCGGAGUCACUGGUGGCUCUGAAGGACCUGGUGAAUAGGCUGGGGUCUGAGAACACCUGCACCGAGCAAUACUUCCCACUAGAGGGCGCCGGCAUCGAUCUGCGGUCCUCAUACCUCUGCAACACUAAGAUCGCCAAUGUGGAGGACUCGGACUUCGUGCUUCUGAUCGGCGCGAACACCCGUUUCGAGGCGCCACUGUUGAACGCUCGGAUCCGCAAGGCAUACAUCCACAAGGACACCGAUGUAGCCUUCAUUGGACCUAAAGUGGACCUGACUUACGAUUACACGCACGUAGGUGAUUCUGCUUCCGUACUGAAAGACCUGGCUUCAGGAACGUCAUCUCACGAAGUGAUGAAGCGUCUCGAGGCUGCUAAGCGUCCCGUGGUGAUCCUGGGCGCGGACCAGCUGAAGACUCCUGAAGGAGCCGCUAUCCUCGCAUACACUCAGGAACUGGCUCUACGUUUGCAGGACAAACUCGAGGAUAAGAGCUGGAAGGUAUUGAACGUGCUCCAACGCACAGCGUCCCAGGUGGCAGCACUGGACAUCGGGUACAAACCGGGCGUCGGGCCUGUACUACAGGACGGACCACAAGUCGUGUACCUGCUGGGGGCGGACAGUGGAGUCGUGUCCAGGGACCAACUGCCUAAAGACGCUGUUGUUAUUUACCAAGGUCACCACGGCGACGUGGGCGCGGCGAUGGCGGACAUAGUCCUCCCCGGCGCGGCGUACACAGAGAAGCGCGCGACCUACGUCAACGCGGAGGGACGCGCACAACAAACACUCGCCGCCGUCACUCCGCCUGGCAAGGCUAGGGAUGACUGGAAGAUCAUCAGAGCUCUAUCAGAAAUCAUAGGCGAGCGUCUUCCAUACGACAGCUUGGACGAGGUCCGUGACCGCCUGAGCCAGAUUAGUCCCGCGCUAGUUACUUACGGCAAUGUAGAGAACAACAACUACUUCGCUCAGGCUAGGGCUCUUGCACAGAGCCUCCAGAAGCCAGUGUCUGGCAAGGUGGACGUUCAGCUGAAGCAAUUAGAAGACUUCUUCAUGACGGACACGAUCAGUCGCGCCUCGCCCACAAUGGCCAAGUGCGUGCAGGCUGUCCUCAAACAAAAGCAGUCCAAGUACUAG